AAGUGCCGGUGCUGGGUGGGAGUGGCGGCUGGCAGGCUCGGGGCUGUGGUGGCCUGGCGGAGGGGGUAUGAAGCUGCUGCGGGGGCCGCUGGGGGUUGCCCUGGGCCUUGUGUUGCUGCUGACUCCGGUGCAGACGGUGGAGCCCAUCAGCCUCGGGCUGGCGCUGGCUGGCGCCGCCUCAGCGCUCACCGGCCUCAUCUCCUAUCCCCGCCUCUACUGCUACUUCAGGGAGUGCUGCCUCCAGCGGGAGGGGGCCCGGGCGGGAGCAGCACUGCAGGGGGAUUUGGACAAGAAACUGUUUGGUCAGCACCUCGUGAAGAAGGUGAUUGUGAAAGCAGUAACCGGCUUCUUGAACAAUACAAAUCCCAAAAAGCCUCUCACCCUCUCCUUGCAUGGAUGGACUGGUACUGGCAAAAACUUUGUCAGUAAAAUAAUUGCAGAGAGUAUCUAUGAAGGAGGCCUGAACAGCAAUUAUGUCCAUCAGUUUGUGUCUACUUUGCAUUUUCCCCAUGCACAUAGUAUUGGCCAGUACAAGGACCAGUUGCAGUCAUGGAUUCGGGGAAACGUGAGCGCCUGUGGCAGGUCAAUCUUUAUAUUUGAUGAAAUGGAUAAAAUGCACGCAGGGCUCAUUGAUUCCAUCAAACCGUUCUUGGACUAUUACGAGCAGCUUGAUGGAGUAUCCUAUCGGCGUGCCAUCUUCAUCUUUCUCAGCAAUGCGGGGGCUGAAAAGAUAACAGAGGUGGCAUUAGAUUUCUGGAAAAGUGGAAAGAAAAGGGAAGACAUGGAACUCAAAGACCUGGAAGCUGGAGUGUCUCUGUCUGUCUUCAACAACAAGAAUAGCGGCUUUUGGCACAGCAGUCUGAUCGACAGAAACCUCAUUGAUUAUUUUGUCCCCUUUCUGCCUCUGGAGUACAAACACGUGAAAAUGUGUGUCAGGGUUGAACUUGAAUCACGUGGCUACAUGGUGGAUGAAGAAAUCAUAACCAAAGUAGCUGACGAGUUGACCUACUUCCCCAAGGAGGAGAAAAUCUACUCUGAUAAAGGAUGCAAAACUGUGUUCACCAAGCUGGAUUUUUACUAUGACUUAUAAUGUUUUACGAAGCUGUGAUCUGCAAAGGAAAAAAAUGAACCUAAUCACAAAGUGGAGAAACCGAAACAUUUCAUUUGUCAAGCACUUUUUAAAAAAAAAAAAA